AUGCGUUUCCACCAGAGAAGAGCUUUGACUGGGAUGAGCGGGAGCUGCCCGACCAUAAAGGUGGGAGGGCCAAGAUUCCAGAGGUGGCGGAACGGAGUAGGGUUUGAGCAUAGCCUGAAGGUAAGGAGGUGCAGUUCCCCUUGCUGCUCCAUAGGCAACCACCAGGGUCUUGAAGAUGAUCCGAGCUUCGACUGGAAGACAAUGCAGUGUGCAGAGGAGCGGGGUGACAUGGGAGAACUUAGGACGGUUGAACACCAGGUGGGCUGCAGGAUUCUGAAUAAGUUACAGCGGUUGGAAGGCACAAGGUGGAGCCCAGCCAUCAGAGAGUUGCAGAAGUUUAGACGGGAGAUGACAAUACUCUGCUCAGCCCAGCAUUCAGCUCAACCUGAGACUCGGCAGGUGAAUGGCAUCGUGGGAACGUUUUUCAAUUUUCCAGAGCGGGUGUUCAACUCUGGCAGUUUACUUUAUGGAGGUCUUGGCAAUAUUGCACAGGUGUACCCUGUUAAACAAAGUAAUACCAACCUUGAGGAGAGAUUUAAAAACCGCCUUCACUGGAACAAUGUUACUGGAGUCUUCACUUUGUCAGACCUAAAAAUAGAUGAUUCUGGGGUUUAUACUGUGGAGAAUACAGAUGAAGGGAAGACGACACAUAUAUUUCAGCUUACUGUGUACUAUGUUCUGUCCAAACCUCAGGUGACAGUCCAUGAUAACAUCUCCUGUAGCGUGGUGUGUUCUGUGGAGAACGGGAGAGAGGUGACCCUGUCCUGGUACAAAGGAGGGAAGAUACUCAACCAGACCAGCAGCCCUGACCACAACAUCACCCUCUCUAUACCUCUCAAGGUGGAUGUACAGACCAGAGACUCUUACAGAUGUGAGGCUGCCAACCCAGGCAGCAAGGAGGCAGCUGUUGUUCCACAUUCCUGUAUAGAGAGUGAUCCCUUCAAGGUGACAGAUGGUGAUGAGAGGACUCGAGGUCAUCUUAUUAUUGCUGUGAUCUGCGUUUUGGUUGCCUCGGGACUUGUUGGACUUGCAAUCUAUCUUAAGAAGAGGAGAAACGGACACUCACAUGCAGAUUCACCUGAAAGAGAGAAAGAUGACGUUCAGUAUGCAGAGAUAACUCACAUUAAACCAGCAGAAAACCAGGAGGAGCAAACAGGUAUACCAGGACUGGAGUCACUUAGAGACAACCCUAACCAGACAGUUUAUUAUACACUCCAGGUACGUCACAUGGGUGCCAACGAGGAUGUUGACACUGCAUGAAGGAGAGAGAGAACAGGAAGUUAAUGAGAGGGUGACAUGAUAAUCCACAUCCAAGAGAAGGCGUUACAUCCUAAAGAGGACGUUAAGACAAAAUUAUAGUCAAUAUUCAUUUUAGAAAACUUCAUGGAGACAGUUGUUCCUGAAGACAAUUACCAUUUAACCAAUGCGCUUUUGUCAUUUCAGUCAUUUCAGACUUCCUUUGUUGGUCAUUCUCACUGUCUUUUGUUGAAUUGAGCCUUGAUGAGAUUAACUGAUGCAAACAAAUUAAAUAACUAUGCCUAGGGUUAUUAGUAGGAUGGUCCCUCUUUUCAAGUGCCCAAUGUAUAGGUUAAAACAAAUGGAACCUCUUUAAUACAAUUCACUAGUGUGUUUGCUAUGCUACUGCUGUGCCAAAGCUUCUUUUCAGUUCUGUAUGUUCUGUUGUUUAAAUGUAGGUGCCUCCCCUGUAUCUUUUUAUAGCUGGUCAUUGUUUAGCUUGCCAGUGGAUAGCAGCUGUGUACAUAAAAAGCAGAUGUUUGGUGAGAUAAAGCCACCUAUUCCUCA